UAAACGCAAAGAGGAAGGAGCAGCAACAGCAGAAAGAAAGCGAAGAAGAAGAUAGGGGCGCUAUCACCUAGCUUGGAAGGGUACGUUGAAGAAAUUCUCAGAGUUGUGUUUUUUUUUUUUCUUUUUUCUUUUUUUUCCUUUUUCGGUGUACUGCCGCCCGCCGCCUCGGUAACGAGUGCUUUUGUUGGGCUUUUUUCACCUGACCUGCCAACAUGCCAGCCGCACUUACAGAUUCCAGUCAGAUAAUCUGUGAGGUCUGGGCGAGCAAUGUUGAGGACGAAAUGAGGAAGAUUCGGCAGAUUAUUCAAAGCUACAAUUACAUUGCAAUGGACACAGAGUUCCCCGGAGUUGUUGUUAGACCAAUCGGAGAGUUUCGGAGCACAGUGGAUUACCAGUACCAGCUGCUGAGGUGCAAUGUCGACCUCCUGAAGAUCAUCCAGCUCGGGCUCACGUUCAUGAAUGAGGAAGGGGAUUAUCCCCCUGGCACAACAACGUGGCAGUUUAACUUCAAGUUUAACCUCACAGAAGACAUGUACUCGCAAGACUCCAUAGACCUGCUUCAGAACUCUGGCCUCCAGUUUAAAAAACACGAAGAGGAGGGGAUCGACACGCUCUACUUUGCUGAGCUCCUCAUGACGUCCGGCCUGGUGCUGUGUGAAAACGUCAAGUGGCUCUCCUUCCACAGUGGGUAUGACUUUGGCUACCUGGUGAAGCUCCUGACGGAUGCACGGCUUCCCGAGGAGGAGCACGACUUCUUUCAGAUCCUCAACUUGUUUUUCCCAGCGAUCUAUGACGUCAAGUACUUGAUGAAAAGCUGCAAGAACCUGAAGGGAGGGCUACAGGAAGUGGCAGACCAACUGGAGCUGAAGAGGAUUGGACGGCAACAUCAGGCUGGGUCUGACUCACUGCUCACAGGCAUGGCGUUCUUCAGGAUGAAGGAGCUUUUCUUCGAAGACAACAUCGACGACGCAAAGUAUUGUGGGAGAUUGUACGGCCUGGGCUCGGGCUCCACCCAACCCCAGAACGCCAUCUCCAGCUCGGGCCAGGAGGAGACCAACAACAAGCACUGACCGAGCGCUCGACCCUCCAAGUGGAACAUGCACUUGUUUUAAAACCCAACCAGCAGACCCCCACCACAUGCUCUCAGACGUCCCUCGACAAGACUUUACUAAAUGCAUAUUUGUUUGAGCGUCCCCCUCCCGAGUGACUCGGUGACAGUGGCUCCUUCACUGCUUUCUUUUUAGUCACUUUUGAGUAUAUGGCCAUAUAUUCAUAAGACUUUUUUAAAAAAAAAAAGCUUUUUUUUUUCUUUUCUUAUCUCUCACAGCAUCAGUGACAUCUUUCUUUACAGCAUGGGACCAGCUACUCGAUCAUACUGUGAUUUUUAGACCAAACAUUGACACGAAAGGUCGGGUCUUUUUCAUCAGCCGGACUCUUCUCUUGUUGCAGGGAUUUUUUUUUUUCUUUCCUUCUUUCUUUUUAAGUUAAUGCUGGAAGGGCCUGUAAAUUAAAAUGUAUAAUUUUGAUGCAAAUAAAUGUUUUAGCUCUUUUCCACUUUGAGAAACUUUUAACAGUGGGAGUUGGAGUGUAUAAUUGUGCUUGGGUACUCACAUGCUUCACUGGCCAAACUGCUGUCGUUCUGUACAUUCACCCUCAAAUCAAACUGUCCACGGUCACUUGUGCAGGUGUUGUGGUCACUUUUCUUUUUUACAUUCUUCAUUGUUUUAAACAGUUGUACAUUAAAUUGUUUUGUAUUUUCAAUGCAA